GGGCCCGGCCGGCCGCGGCGCGAUGGCGGAGCCUGGGGUCGGUGCCACGCGGGCAUUGCUGGAGGAGUCGGUGCGGGCUUUCCGCCGGGUCUAUCCCGACUGCGAGCCCAGGAUCGCCGUGGCAGCUCCGGGGAGAGUAAAUCUAAUUGGAGAGCACACGGAUUAUAACCAGGGGUUCGUGUUACCCAUGGCUCUCCCAAUGGUCACUGUGGUGGUCGGGUGCCAAAGCACAGAUGGAAUCAUUUCGCUUUGUACUUUGGCAAAGGAAGCAGAUGACCCAAAGCAACUGGAAUUUCCUGUGCCCUCGGAGGGAAACCCUUUGACCCCAGGGUUACCUAACUGGGCCAAUUAUGUGAAGGGAGUUAUUCAGCAUUACAGGGGCUCACUCACUGGCUUCAAAGCAGUAGCAGCAAGUAACGUUCCAUUGGGUGGGGGGCUUUCCAGUUCCGCAUCCUUGGAAGUGGCCUUCUACACAUUCCUGCAACAGAUUUGUCCAGAUGAUGGGGAUUUGGUGCAGAAGGCACUGAUUUGCCAGAAAGCAGAGCACACUUUUGCUUCUAUGCCCUGUGGAAUCAUGGACCAAUUCAUCUCAGUGAUGGGGGAAGCCGGUCAUGCCUUACUGAUCGACUGCAGGUCUUUGCAAGUGACCCCUGUGCCGAUCAGUGACCCCAAUCUGGUGAUCCUCAUCACAAACUCGAACGUACGACACAGCCUGACGGGCAGUGAGUACCCAACCAGACGCAAACAAUGUUUAGAGGCUGCCAAGGUGCUUGGGAAGGAUAGUCUACGAGAUGCUUCUAUGGCUGAAUUGGAAGCUGCAAAGGCGCGUCUGGAUGCUGAGGUGUAUCGCAGAGCCCGUCAUGUGAUCAGUGAAAUCAAACGGACAACUGAGGCGGCUGACGCCCUGAAAUCCAGGAAUUACCGGGAGUUCGGGAAACUGAUGGUGCAGAGUCACAAUUCACUGAGAGAUGAUUACGAUGUCAGUUGCCGGGAGCUGGACGAGCUGGUUUCCGCAGCAAUUGAUGGUGAAGGUGUCUACGGCAGUCGAAUGACUGGAGGGGGCUUUGGGGGUUGUACUGUUACCUUACUGGAAGCUGCAGCUGUGGAAAAAACUAUUCAGCGAAUUAAGGACACCUACAGUGGAACACCAACAUUUUACAUCACUAGACCUUCCAGAGGUGCUCAUCUACUGCAACUCUGAGGACCAAUAGGAGGGCUCAUCCCAAUACAGAUAUCUACUUACUAAUCAGCAAACCAGCUUCAUCUGAUCCCAAGUCCUGAAAUACAAAACAUGCAACAAAAAGAGAGAACCGUGUGGUGUUCAGCUUUCCUCAGAGAGCAGCCUCUCAAUAGCCAAUGAACAACGGGUGAACCACCCUAGACCUGGUGGUCCAGUCUCAGUCUCAGUCUCAAGUCAUGAGGUCCACCUCAUGAUGGAGUGAUCUACCAUAACUUUUGGUUACAUGGAACGCAUACAAAAUGCUUGAGGACCUCAGCAAGGACAGGCAGAAUCUAUUCAAAAGAGUACAGUCGAUGUUUUGGGCCGAGACCCUGUUGAGUUCCUCCAGCAUUUUGUGUGUGUUACUUGGAUUUUCGGCAUCUGUAGAUUUUCUCUUGUUUGUGUUUUGGUCACAUGGCACAGUUUUGUGAUGGCAACCACUUUCUGCAAUAUUUGAGUCUCCAGGCUGUCACCCACACCCUUGAUUUAUAGGAACAUAGAGCUACUGGGCACAGACUUUACUAAGGGUUACAGAACCAAGGGAGGUAAAUGAGGUACAGACAGAUCAGUGCUGAUCUAAAUGAAUGGUAAAGCUGUUUAGGGGGCUGAACGGCUUUAUUCCUUACCUCUGAAUGUCAGCUGAACUUAGCAUUGAGUAAGGUCUCACACACUGCUGAACGUCAGAUGAACAACCCCCCACCCCCCACCCAUUUAUUAUUGGGCAACUGCUUGGAAUACAGUACUGAUGUCACACUUGUUACUGUGAGGUUCAGUAGUCUUGUUGAAAUAAUUGGUUCUCAUAGGAAUAACAUAAUGCCCUUGCUUCUGGUUUCUGAACUAUGUAGGCAUUACUCUCCAAACAGACUGGACACUGACAGUUGACAAGACCAUCAGUGCUGUUGAACAGGGCAUUGCUGUAUGAUCUUCCACAGCUAACCGCACUUUGAUUAUAAACACUAGGAACCAACUUUCCGUGGGCUCAGUCCACAGAACGUUGUGCUGUUUCCCACUCAUUCCAUAAGGAAAGAUUUAAAACAAAAGUUAAUAGUAUAUGAAGCAGAGUCAGUGAUGUGCACUUUAGAAUGAGGGGAGAUUGUUACUAAUUGGUACAAUUUGCCUUUGUUUCUUGGUGAAGUUUAGAGAAUGUUUCAUAGAACAGUAUAGGAACAAACUCUUUGGCCAACAGUGUCUGUACCAAAUGAAACUCAUCCAUUUUGCUUGCACAUGAUCCAUACCCCUCCAUUCCCUGUACACUCAUGUGUCUCUCUCAAAGCCCCUGAAUGUCGCUUUCAUCUGUUUCUGCUAUUGCCUCUGGCAGCACCUUCUAGGCACUGUUGGAAUUAGUUGUUUUUUAUGCUUUUGAUAUUAGUUGAAUUGCUAUAAGACUAAGUCAUAGUUUUCACUAACGUACAAUUUGUAUUUUAACAAACUCCUAUAUUUUCACAAUAUGUGGUGUUUGUCUCCACCUACUGGCAAUGAAGUGGUAUAGCAGUUACAUAAAGGUUACCAUUGGCUAAGUAUUAGUACAUAAUACAGAUGCUGUAACUGUGACUUUGAAUUGGUCAUUCCAGUUCACAGGAAUGUGGCCUUACCUAAAAUACAAGUGCCAGCUUUCACCAAGAUGCCAUCUUUGUAUUUUGUUCUGUCUUUCUCUGAGGAUCUUCAGUUCAUAUGCUCUGUAUGUUGCUUUGUUUAAAGUUUAAAAUAAAUGAUCAUG